UCACCAAACAUGUGUAAGUCCUACCUCUCCAUUGCAAGAAAAUCAUUUCCAUUUACUUGCUAAUAAAGGCAGCACCACCCAAUAUAACAAAUCCAUUAGCACACUUCACUAUUCAAAGCAGCCAUCCACACCCUUGUCAUUCAUUCAUGAAGCAAUGAAGGACAGGAUGGAGAGAUUCAGUGUUCUUCCCUUCUCCAUCGGUUGCGUAUCUCAUUCCAGCGUCGCCGUUUCUGAGAACCAUUCAACGAAGAAGACACAUAUCGAUGCACCACCACCACCACCAAAAUGUGGAGGAGAAAGCCCGGCGACAAUGAGGACAGGGAAGAGCUCAAGCUCGAGCACAUUCGGGUUUUUACCGCUCCCCCGGCCGAACAUAGCAGCCGGAAUUCAAAGGCUAAUGAAGAGCUUCAAGAGCUUGUCUCAAUUGUUCUCAGUGUAUGAAGAGGAGGAUGAAGAAAUGGAAAUGGAAAUUGGAUUCCCAACAGAUGUGCAGCACUUGGCACACAUAGGAUUAGAUGGUUUUUCCAAUAUUGGUAACAUGAAGAGCUGGGAGAAAACACCAGAUUGCCUUUCACUCCCAUCUCUGUCUCUAAGACAGUUUGAGCUGGCCAUGGCUUCACAGGCUGAUGCUCAAUUGGCUCAUCAACAUGGUCCCCUUCAACUUGCUUGAUUAAUGUGAAUCAUUUGUCCUUAUUUUUUAUCUUGUUUUUAUUGAUGUCUUGUUUUGUUGAUGGUGAAUAUGACUAUAUGAGAGUUUGUUUGUAUAGUUCUUCUGUUCCCACUGAUGGUACUUUUACAUAUAUGUGUAUAUGGGGGAAUCUUUUAACAUGGUUUUUAUUAUUAUCUGAUGGAUUUGCAUGGCAGGCCGCAGAGGUGAUGGGUGUAAUAAAAUGUAUAAUUGUUUGAA